UAGACUCGCACCUUUGACUCAAUACUUGAUUGGUGUAUUAUAAUUCUGAUGCCUUCGUUUCUGUUUAAUCAGUUUGUUUUAUUACUUGGAUUUAGUAGGACUUUGACACUGGGUGCUCGCUAAGCGUACCAGUAAAGUUUACUUGCUACUUGAUUGCAUAAAACUCAACAGUUAUUACCGCGAAGUCAGCCAAAAAGAAUCUGCUCUGCACUUGUCUGUCAAAAAGCAUAUCAAAUUUUUAAUAUAUUUAAUUUUAUUCCUUAGGAUAUUGAACUUGUUGGAUAUUUAGCAAUGCCUACGCUGUCGUCAGUGUGCACUGUGCGCACGCUUGCACUCUACCCGUCGUCUAGUAUAUAUAGUUCUGUCUAUCAAGGGCCUUACUAGCUAUUCCCACGUGCACGUCGAAUUGUCGGUUACUUACUUAAUAUUAAUUGUAUUACUGUUAUAAUAAAUAAACUUAACUCAAACACGAAUAAUUAAUCCACUUAUUUAUAAUAGAACUAACGGAAAAUGUCGCUAGAUCAGAUUUAUUUACAGAAAUUUGAACAAGCUGCUGAAGAUAUUAAAUCUUUAACCAAACGACCAUCAGACGAUGAGUUGUUAGAAUUGUACGCACUUUUUAAGCAGGCUACGGUUGGUGACGUUAAUACUGAUCGUUCAGGAAUGCUCGACUUGAAAGGCAAAGCUAAAUGGGAUCGAUGGAAUGGUAAAAAAGGAAUUUUAAAGGAUGAAGCUAAAAAAUCAUACAUCGCUUAUGCAAUGGGAUUCCUCGCAACACAUAAAUAAAUUAUUUUACUUUUACUUUACAUCUUGAUGUAUACGUCAUACUUAUUAUAUUUCAUUUAAAUUCUUUUAGCAAAAUCUGAGUAAUUUUCUCAUUCUUUAUAAUUUAUAAUGAAUCUAAACUUUUUUGUAAAAUUAUUGAAAAAUUAUCUGAUGUUAUAAAUAAAAAAUUGUUUAA